AUGAAUGUUAAUCUAGCAAAUUUAGCUUCGAACUUUUUACCUAUUUCUUGUAUGAUUUGGAAUGUACAAGGAACAGGAAGUAGAGAGUUUAUGUCUGCUUUGAAAGAGAUUGUUAGAGUUAAUAAACCGAAUGUGAUUACUCUUGUGGAAACACACAUGGGAGGGGCGCAAGCUAUCAAAAUUGCUAAUAUAAUUGGGUAUUCUGGCCAUACUAGAGUUGAUGCCCAAGGAUUUAGCGGUGGAAUUUGGAUUUACUGGCGUAGUGAACUAGUUACAGUAGAGCCUAUCCAUAAACACAAUCAGUAUAUUACUAUGGAAAUUAAAAGAGUUGGGGAUAUUCCUUGGUAUUUCACAGCGGUGUAUGGUAGUCUAGAUCCUUCUAAACGUCAGGAGCUUUGGAGGGAGUUGAGAGAUUAUGCUGAAAAUAAUAAUGUUCCUUGGAUGUUAGCAGGGGACUUUAAUGACACAAGGUUUCGAUGGGAAAGAAGUGCUAGUUGUGCUGAAACAACUAGGAGAUCUGCUCGUUUUAAUGAAUGGCUAGAAGAUAUUAGGUUACUUGAAAUUGAGUUCAGUGGUGCAUCCCACACAUGGUCAAGAGGAAAUUCUGUUACAACUUGGCAGAGUGCUCGACUUUAUCGAGCUCUUUGUAAUGGUGAUUGGAGCCUAAGAUUUCCGAAUGCCUCUGUCAAGCAUCUCCCCGCAAUCCAAUCCGAUCAUUGCCCAAUUCGUAUUGCUCCUAAUGGCUUUGCACCUAUUUCAGAAGUGAAUAGACCUUUUCGAUUUCAAGCCGCUUGGAUGUCCCAUGAAAAGUUUCGUGACUUUAUUGAGACAAAGUGGUAG